AACUUAACGCUCUGUUCUCUUCCUAUUCUCUCCGUAGUUUGAUUUCGCGGUCGUGAGUGUUUUGACCCGUUAGUAAAGAGAGUUUUCAUGGCGGCAUCAUUAGGCGGCGGCAAUGGUGGUGGUGCUGCGGGGGCGGCGGGAGUGGUGGAGUGGCACCAGAGGCCUCAGAAUCCCAAGAAUCCAGUAGUUUUCUUCGACAUUACGAUCGGUACAAUGCCCGCAGGCCGUAUCAAAAUGGAGCUCUUUGCUGAUAUUGCCCCCAAAACUGCCGAAAAUUUCCGGCAGUUUUGCACCGGUGAGUACAGGAAAGCAGGAUUGCCUGUUGGUUACAAAGGAUCUCAGUUCCAUAGGGUGAUCAAGGAUUUCAUGAUACAAGGCGGUGACUUUGUGAAGGGUGAUGGUAGUGGCUGUGUGUCUAUAUACGGGAGCAAGUUUGAAGAUGAAAACUUUAUUGCGAAGCACACUGGUCCUGGCCUCUUGUCAAUGGCAAAUAGUGGACAAAAUACUAAUGGAUGUCAGUUCUUUAUCACAUGUGCCAAGUGCGACUGGCUUGACAAUAAGCAUGUAGUUUUUGGGCGAGUACUUGGAGAGGGUCUAUUGGUUGUCAGGAAGAUUGAAAAUGUGGCUACUGGACCUAACAAUCGACCAAAAUUGGCCUGCGUGGUUGCUGAAUGUGGGGAGAUGUGAAACGCCAAUUCUGCGUAGCUAUAUUUGUAGGCUUUCUUAUUAAAAAUUUUGAAUGUGUGUAGCCGCUAGUAUUAAUUUUGAUUGUAAAUGGUCUACAUCGAGUAUUUUGUGACCACCUAAAGAUCUCAAAGGUCACAAAAAAUUACUGGAGAAAAAAUUGAUAAAA